GGACGUUAUGGAGGAGUAGACACAAACAACCGGAUGAGCCCGUGAUCGUAGACGCCGUCCGCCUCGCCGUCAGUUUUUACGCACGAGUGUCACGGAUGUUAUUUUUGUCCCGGAGCGUCGCCCGCAGCUCUCGGUGAUGUUUGUGUGCCGCAGCGUGUCUGAGGACAGGACGGGACCACAGUGAGGAGAGAGGACCUGCAGAUCCGGGGACAGGGACAGAUCAAACAGAGGAGCCAGCGAAGUGCAAAUCGGAUUCUAUAUUGUGGUGAUUGGAUGUAAGACUACUUUGACCCUACAAAAUUGAAGAUGACGUUGCUAUGGAAACUGCUGGUGCUGCAGUCACUCGUGGGGUGCCUUGCAGAGAUGGGGGUUCUGCAGAGCCCUGUGUUCUCCAAGCAGCCCGGCAGUAUCGUGUACCCGGUGGAGAACGUGGAGAAGAACAGAGAGGUGGUGUUCAGCUGUGAAGCCCAAGCCAGCCCCCCGCCUUUGUACAGGUGGAAACUCAAUGGCACAGAAAUCAAACCUGGAUCUCACUACAGUCUGUCUGGAGGAAAUCUGCGGAUCAGUCAUCUGAACAGGGACCAGGACGCGGGGACGUACCAGUGCCUCGCCACCAACUCCUUUGGGACCAUUGUGAGCCGAGAGGCCAGCCUAACAUUUGCAUAUUUGGAACACUUCAAGACCCAAAGAAGAAGCUCAGUGUCAGUACGGGAAGGCCAAGGAGUGGUGCUGCUGUGUGGCCCUCCUCCUCAUUCUGGAGAUCUGGUAUUCUCCUGGAUUUUUAACGAAUACCCCACCUUUGUGAAGCAGGACACACGGCGCUUCAUCUCUCAGGAAACGGGGAACCUGUACAUCGCCAUGGUGGAGCCCUCUGAUGUGGGCAAUUACACCUGUGUGGUCACCAACACUGUCACCAAGAGCAGAGUGCAGGGCCCGCCCACUCCGCUGGUCCUGCGCAGUGACGGAGUGAUGGGAGAGUAUGAGCCCAAGAUCGAGGUGCAGUUUCCUGAGGUGGUGCAUGUAGCCAAAGGAUCCACGGUGAAGCUGGAAUGUUUCGCCCUGGGAAACCCGGUGCCGUCCAUCACCUGGAGGAGGACAGACGGCGUUCCAUUCCCCAGAAAAGUGGACAUGAGGAAGGCCAGUGGUGUCCUGGAGAUCCCAUACUUCCAGCAGGAGGAUGCAGGCACGUACGAGUGUGUGGCCGAGAACUCCCGGGGCAUGAACACAGUCAAAGGGAAGCUCUCCUUCUAUGCCCCUCCUCACUUGACGGAGAAGCCCCAGGACCAGCAGAAGCUCAUAGAUGACUCUCUGGUUUGGGAAUGUAAAGCCACGGGGAAGCCCAAACCAUCUUACCGCUGGAUGAAGAAUGGAGAGAACCUGGAGCCCACCGAGGAGCGAGUACAGGUCGUCAAUGGGGCACUGUCUAUCAGCCGCCUGACCCUGUCCGAUACCGGGAUGUACCAAUGUGUGGCCGGGAACAAGCACGGAGAGGUGUACUCCAACGCAGAGCUAAGAGUCAUAGCUGUGGCCCCAGACUUCUCCCACAGUCAGCUGAGGAGCCAGACUCUGGUGAAGGUGGGUGGUGACGUUCUCAUCGAGUGUAAUCCCAAAAUGUCACCCUGGGGUGUCAUCUCCUGGCGCAAGGGCACUGAACCUCUGCGAGAGACCAACAGGGUGAAUAUUCUGGAGAGUGGAAAUCUACGGAUCUGGAAUGCGACCAAGACCGACUCGGGCCUGUACACAUGUGUGGCCAGGAACCAGUUUGGAGUGGCCAGCAGCACGGGCAGCCUCACAGUCAAAGAGCCGACCAUCAUCACAUCACAGCCCAACACUCUGGAUGUGACGGUGGGGGAGAGCGUGGUGCUGCCCUGCCAGGUUAGCCACGACCCCUCCCUGGAGCUCAAGUUCACCUGGUUCUUCAACGAGCAGCUCAUCCACUUCGGCAGCCAUGGAGGAUUCUUUGAGAAAGUGGGCGGACAUUCAGCGGGAGACAUUAUGAUUCGGAACAUUCAGCUGAGGCAUGCUGGGAAAUACACGUGUGCUGUUCAAACUAAGGUGGACAGCAUCUCCAUCGCGGUGGACCUGGUUGUCAGAGGUCCCCCGGGGCCCCCCACCAGCAUCAAUGUUGAAGAAAUCACUGACACCACAGCGUCUCUGUCCUGGAGGCCUGGUCCCGAUAAUCACAGCCCAAUUACGGCAUACACCAUCCAGGCCCGGACACCCUUCUCCCUGGGGUGGCAGGCUGUCACCACAGUUCCUGAGGUGGUGGGGGGCCAUCGGCUGACAGCUACCGUAAUAGACCUGAGCCCAUGGGUGGAGUAUGAAUUUCGAGUCUUGGCCAGCAACAUCAUUGGGACUGGAGAGCCCAGCAAACCGUCCAAACAAGCCCGGACAAAAGGCACCUCCCCGAAGGUGACCCCAGCCAACGUGAGCGGAGGAGGAGGCAGCCGCUCAGAGCUAGUCAUCACAUGGGAGCCUGUUCCAGAAGAGCUGCAAAAUGGGCCAGGGUUUGGGUAUGUGGUGGCAUUCCGACCCAACGGUGCCCCCGGCUGGAUGCAGGCGGCAGUGCCAUCAGCAGAGGCCUCCAGAUACGUCUUCAAGAACGAGAGUAUCCAGCCAUUCUCCCCUUUCCAGGUGAAGGUGGGGGUCUACAACAACGAGGGGGAGGGCCCUUUUGGACCUGUCACCACGAUCUACUCUGCGGAGGAAGAGCCUGGCCGUGCGCCCACUAGGGUCCGGGCCAGGAGCCUGUCUGCCUCUGAAGUGGAAGUGCUGUGGAAAGCCCUGCCCUGGAACGCCAGCAAGAAGAGAGUAUUGGGCUACGAGCUCAGGUACUGGGUCAAAGGUGAGAAGGAAGAUACAGCCAAUGUGCAAAGGACUGUGGGUAACCAAACAUCCACCGUUAUCCGGGGACUCAAAGGCAGCGCCACAUAUUACAUCGCAGUGAGGGCAUACAACACAGCUGGGACAGGACCCCCCAGCUCUACUGUCAACGUCACCACCAAGAAACCUCCUCCCAGCCAACCUCCAGUCAAAGUGAUGUGGAAUACAUCAAACUCAAAGAUCAUAGUGAACUGGGAGCAGGUGAAGGCCCUGGAGAAUGAGUCUGAAGUAACAGGCUACAAGGUUUUUUACAAGAAGAACCGAAACAGCAGCCCUCACAUCAUGGAGACCAACACGACGUCGGUAGAGCUGGCACUGCCCACAGACGAGGACUAUAUCAUCCAGAUUAAGCCGUUUGGAGAGGGAGGGGAGGGCAGCAGCACACAACAGAUCACCAUCCCUAGAAUACCAGGCCCCAACGCAGUGGGCUCCGCGUCCAAGGUCUCCACUCUGUCAGCGCUCAGCACAAUAGCACUGUCAUUCACAGCACGGACAUCUUUAUGACAUAUGGCUCCCAGCAGACGGGGCAUCUGACUUGGAGACAACGCUAAGGCCCAAUGCAAACUGGGGCUGUACCGUGGUGUAACUAAAUCCAUUCAUUUAGAUUUUAGAUGCAGAGAGAAGCUAGCGAUGAGAAGAAAAGCAACGCACCAUGGAGGCACCAGUGGAGUCCCCUGCGAGUGGCUGGGAUACGGAACAGAGAAUGACUGAUGUCCUGACUACGUUGUUACCAAAGCAGCUUUCGUAAGAAAAAUAAAUAGAACAAUGUCUUAUAUGCAUCUUUUUGUACGGUACAUGGAGCUUUUUAUAGAUCUGUUUCCUUUAUAAACACUAGGGCCAGGCUUAUCGGGGCAAGAACAGUUGUGUGCAUGAGAUAAAGUGGCAGUCACAAAGGAAGGGAAUAGUAAUUGGUAGCAUUUUCUUUAUUGUCUGUUCCAGUGAAUAAACUGUUAUCCUUUACAUAUCUGCCUUUUGAGUUUAGCAAUAUCUCAAAACAACAUCAAACAUGCUGGCUAUCCACUGAACCCCUCUGUGAGAGGAAUAGCACUACAGAAGUCCGGUGCAUGUUUAUCUUAAAAAAUAUACAUAGAUAAUUACAGAUUGUUUCAUUUAAGUUGUAAUAUGUUGUAAGAAUGAAUG